AUGCCGUCGAUUCUAACCCUUGCUUUAAUCGCGACCUUAUCCUUCCUAGGCCUUGCCAGCGCUGCACCUGCUCCGACUGUCUUUCGGACACCUAUCCCUCCAGAAGCGCCCAAUACAUCGAUCCAUGAGAAGCCACUCAAAGGUCCCAUUACUGCCCCGUUUCCUGUCAAUAAGGGCUACAAGUCCGAUGGAAAAAUCCACGAUCCUCUGCCAAAGCCUCACACUCCUGCCGGUGGCCUCGCUCUGAACGAAACCCCUAUCUAUCACCCGCUCUCCGACUUUGAUUACCAAUCACUGAGCAUGGCCUUGUACACUGAAUGGAUCGAGCUUGAUCUCUUUCGUUACGCGCUUGAAAAGUUCUCCCUUGAAGAUUUCGAGAAAGCCGGUUUGACCAAGGCCGACCGCGCUCUUGUUGCUUACAUGGCCGACCAGGAGGUUGGUCAUGCUACCAACGUUUACAACAUGCUUGGCCCUGCUGCAGCCAAGCCCUGCACGUACAAGUAUCCAUUCAAGACCGUCCAGGAGUUCAUCAUUUUCAGCAAGCAAGUUACCAGAAUCGGCGAAGCAGGUGUCCUCGGCUUUAUUGAGCACCUGAACUCGCGACCUUCAGCUCAGUUGCUCUUGCAGACCGUUACAACUGAGGCUCGCCAGCAGAUGGUCUUCCUGUUCCCUGAGCUUCGUAUCGUCAACAACCCCAACAGUACCGAUCCUCAUUUUGGUCCUGCCAUUUCCACUCAGCGCACUGCCCUCAGUUACUCUGGCAGAGAGGUGAAGUUUGAGUUUGACGCUCCUGGCAAGCAAGUAGGCCCUGAUGGCAAAUAUAUUACCAGCACCAAUGCUGGUGCGCCGAAAUUCGCUGCCUGGAUAAGUCAACUUAACGUCACAUACACACCACUCGAGGAUGUCAAGUUUCUCAAGGCUAAUGGCGAUGUGGCCGGCAGGUCCACUACAAAGCAGCCCGAUGUGCCCGAGCUUUACCCAGGUCUCACUACUCACGGACAUCCUGUCAUCAAUGGAACCGUGUUUGUGGCCCUUGUUGAUGACAAUGUUAACGUUACUCCUGCGAAUCUGAGCGAAUUGAAUGCUCACGUCGUUGCAGGCCCUGCCUUGUACCAGUCCGGUUAA